AUGAUUGAUCCCAAAAUACGAAAGGCCGUCUAUUUCACUGUCCGGCAAGGGCCCGGCAUCAUCGAUACUUGGUUCUACAUCGCCCACGCGUCCACAGCUGCCGUGCAAGAUGCUCUGCGAGACUUACACAUGAAGGCAUUAUUGUUUUUGAAAUACCGGGUUGGACAUUUUGGGCGUCACAGGCCAGGUUCGUUGGAGUGGGCGGUCAGCAAGCGGUAUGAAGUAGAGACAAAGUCUUCCUUGACGCGGACGGUGUGUCGACCGCUCCCUGAUGUCUCGUUCGAGACCGUCAAAACCUUGAUGUUUCCGCCGGUGAAGUUGGAGGAGAAGUUUGGGGAUAAAGCGGAUGGUUACUGGGAAGUUGAUGUUGAGAAGCCUGUGAGGGAGUAUCUUGGGCGCCGUAGGAUUCUGAUACAGGAGGGGGGCGGAACAUGGCGGUUGAACCUGGAGCUAAACAAAAUUCCCUCUAUCAUUGCAAUCCCGGUGCCCUUGGAUCAAGACGAAAACUUCAAGUUUGGCCUACUGGUCGCGAGACGCCAGGGGGAGAGUAACGUGUGGUGGCCCGCGACGUGUACACUGGAUACUCGCUGGGGAGACGCCCGUUCGUUCUUUGAGUUUGGUGAUCGAUCAAUGCGCUUUCACGACUUUCAUCGCGGCAAAGUCACUAAUCUGGUGCAGACAACCUUGGAAACGACCAAUUGGGACAACAUGCUCUCUCCUUACUACAAUCCUCCCAACGACUAUACGAUAACCCUCAUAGCUCUUCAUCUGAGCUGGUACGAUCACCUAUCUCCAGUGAUACCGGCAGGUUUCAUCCCCGAUCACCCCGAUUCACCGCUCCGAGGGACCAACCGAUCAACUGUAGAGGCCCUUCUUGAAACAAUCCCGGCACAUACCUGGAGCCCACAGAAUGAUGUUGUUGGCAUAGACACGGAAGGACUGGAGUUGGUGAUAUCAAUGACAUUUGUCGACGGGCUGUCUCGUUGCGGCAUUCCACUGAACUCUAACAGCGGCAUUUUACUAGGAGGUACAUGGGAAAAGGGGGCGUUGGAGAAGGGAACCAGAUGGGAAAUCAACAACGAUAAGCCAGACGAUGUCUGGAGACUGUUCAAGUUGGGAGAGCCAACUGAAGUGUUUGCUCCUCCGGCUAGUCUUGACCUUGAGAGGUCCAUUCUGUGGCAUGCAGAGACGUCAGAGGCUUGGGAUUCCAUCCCUGAGAUGAUCGGGCUUGCGCAGAGGUCACCCCCGCCAUGUGAGGACGCAGCAUGUCUUGACAAUAUUGGGGCGGGUAUUGCGUCGGUUCGUAAUCUGGGCGAAGUGGCGUGGGUCGAGGUCCAUGAUGAUAGUGGGUAUGGUAGUCAGGAUGGGGUGAGGUUGAGGUUUGGAGAUGGGGUUAGAACCAGAGAUCCCAAAUGGGUGCCGAAAGCUGAAGAACGAUACAGUUAG